AUGUUGCACUUCCAUUUCUCAUGUGUUAGCGCAUGCCCAAAUGAAGAAAGAAGUUACCUUCUCGACUUUAAAGGUGGUCUCAAAGAUCCGUCUGGUCGAUUAAGGUCGUGGCAGAAUUUCAACUGUUGCCAAUGGGAGGGUGUCACCUGUGACUAUCAUUCCGGUCAUGUAGUUGCCCUCGACCUCAAAAUUCAUCAUUGUGACCAAUGGCGAUGCUGGGAGAGGGAAGAUUCAUAUAAAUUGAGUGGGAAGAUCCAUGAUUCUCUGUUCAACCUGCAGUAUCUGCAACAUUUAGAUUUAAGCUGGAAUGACUUCCGUGGAGCUAAUUUUGGAGGUAAGAUCCCUCCAGAGUUGAGUAACAUUACAACCUUGCGCCACCUGAAUUUGAGCGAGAAUUAUUUCAAUUGGACUGCCAUACCUUCUCAGUUGGCAAAACUCCAGAGGCUUACUUUCCUUAGUUUGACAAGUGCUGAAAUUGGAGGGGAGAUUCCUCUAGAGUUGGGUAACAUUACAGCGCUACGCCACCUGGAUUUGAGCCGGAAUUACUUCAAUGGUACUGCCAUACCUGCUGUGUUGGGAAAACUCCGGAGGCUUACUUUCCUUAACUUGGCAGAUGCUGCAAUUGGUGGCGAGAUUCCUCUGGAAUUGGGUAACAUUACAACCUUGCGUCACUUGGAUUUGAGCCGGAAUAGCUUCAAUUGGACUGCCAUACCUCCCCAGUUGGAAAAACUCCGGAGGCUUGCUUUUCUUGACUUGUCAUUUGCUGAAUUUGGAGAUGAAAUUCCUCCGGAAUUGGGUAACAUUACAACCUUGCGCUACCUGGAUCUCUCAGCAGUAUCACCGUAUUUCUCAACAGAGUCAGCACAUAACUUGAAGAGUAGGAGGUUUGAAGGAUUGAUAAGAAAUCUCAGAAGCUUGGAAUACCUGGCUAUGAGACAAGUAAAUCUGUCGACAGGAAAUGAUCAAUGGAGUAAUGCCCUCAGCAGCCUAUCUAAACUCAAGGAGAUUGAGCUGGCUGAUUGUGGACUUUCAGGUACAAUGACUUCUCUCCUAAACCUCACUCACUUAUCCCGUCUGUAUCUCUCAGGGAAUCCAUUUUAUUCCCCAUUGCCAGCUUGGUUUCAGAAUGUCUCGUCCUUGGUUUCACUUGAUCUGUAUUCUUGUAGUCUCAGAGGUUCCAUCCCUUCAGAUUUCAUGUGCCAAUUAAGCCUCAGAAAUCUUGACUUGUCAUAUAACUACCAUCUAGGAGGAGUAAUUCCGCACUGCAUCGCAAAUUUGUCAGUGCUUGAGACGUUGGACCUCUCAUACAAUAAUUUAACAGGGGAUUUGCAAGCGUUUGGAUCGUUCGUUGGUAGGUUUUCUUCCCUCGCAUAUCUGGACGUCAGCUACAACCGAUUAUCUGGAACAAUUCCAGAUACCACUUCAGAGUUUUCUUUCCUCCGACAUCUGGACCUCAGUAACAACCAAUUGUCUGGAACAAUUCCACAUACCAUUUCAAAGUUUCGCCAAUUAGAAAAGUUGUUACUAAGCUCCAAUCAUUUAACCGGCGGUAUUUCUCCUUUCGUAUUGGAAAUACCUAACCUCAAAGAAGUGGACUUAUCUGAAAAUCAGCUUACACUUAAUAUCUCUUCAAGUUGGAUUCCACAAUUUGCCCAACUGGAGUACAUCGGGUUAAGGUCUUGUAAUCUUCAAGGGGAGAUUCCUGCAUUUUUGUCUACUCAAUUCUCAUUAGAAUAUGUGGACUUGUCAGAUAACAAUAUUGUAGGAAAUAUUCCUACCUGGUUGUGGGAGCUUCGGAGCCUCACAGGGCUCAAUCUUUCUCAUAACCGACUAGAAGGUUCUUUGCACCCUGUUUCCAAGUAUAUAGAGAGGUUAGAUUUACAUAACAAUAGUUUACAUGGCUCUAUACCAGAUGUUAGUGGAUUCUAUUUAGACUUGUCAGACAACAAGUUCAACGGUUCUAUUCCACGCUCUAUAUGCUCUGCACCUAAUGACUUGAUGUUUUUGGACUUGUCAAAGAACGGGCUAACCGGUGUGAUUCCUACAAAUCUGGUUAGAUGUUCUUAUCUGCAAAUAUUGAAUUUGGCUCAAAAUCAUUUGGAAGGUAAGAUUCCAGAAGAGCUAGGAAAUCUUACAGUGCUUCAGACACUAAAUCUCAAUGAAAACAAAAUGCGAGGUGUUAUCCCUCCUUCAAUAGAAAAUUGUACAAAACUCCGAGUAUUUGACGUAGGAAAGAACCAAAUUCAGGGAUGCCUCCCAGUUUGGAUUGGAAAACUGGAAGAAUUACGAAUUCUCAACUUGGCUUUUAAUAAGUUGCAAGGCACCUUUCCGCCGGGAUUGCUGAACCUCGUGGAUCUUCAGAUUCUAGAUUUAUCUCACAAUAUUUUUUCAGGAUAUAUUCCAAAGAGUUUGGGGAAGUUGAAUGCUAUGGCUAAUCAGACACAGUGUGACAAAAUAGAGAUGAGCCUGAGUGAUUGGAGCUAUGCUUUUGGUGCUGGCCCCUCUUUAGAAAUAAUGUUCGUGAAUCAAGUAACACUUUGGAUUAAAGGACGAGCAACUCCAUAUCCUAAGAUUAUCAGUGCCUUCAAAUUCAUGGAUCUCUCUUACAAUAAGCUGACAGGCAAUAUUCCUGAGGAAAUGGGAGAGCUGAAGGGUUUGAUUGCUCUCAACAUUUCAAACAACAAUCUAAUAGGCAACAUUCCUAAUUCCCUGGGAGGUAUGGUUCAGUUGGAGUGUUUGGAUAUUUCAGGAAACAUGUUUUCAGGCAACAUUCCAGCAGGUCUUUCAAACCUCACAUUCCUUUCUGCUUUGAAUCUUUCAUACAACAAUCUUUCCGGGUUAAUACCGCAGGGGAAGCAGUUUGCAACUUUUGAGGCUUCUUCUUAUCUGGGGAACGCCAAUCUUCACGGACCUCCCUUGGAAAACGGAACACUGAGAUCUGGUCGGGGUGAAAGAGGUGGCCAAGUACACUCGAAUAGCACAGGAGUUACGGACAAUGAUGCAGAUACAGAUGAAGAUGAAUUGGAUCAAUGGUGGGCAGUGGCAAUGGGGUUAUGUUUCGGGGUAGGAUUUUCCACUGUGAUUGCAAUUUUGUGCUUUCACCUAAAAUGGAGGUACAAAUGUUUUUCUUUGCUGGAUAAUUUUGUCCAGUACCUUUUUGAACAUUGA